UUGCAAUACUUUUUAAUAGUAUUAUCAUUCUUAAAUGUUUCUUAUUUACAUUGCUUCAGCUUCUGAAGAAAAGAAAUCUUUGCUAUAUCUACUAAAUGAUAAUGACAGUGAUGCUGAUAUUGGUAUAACGUCUACAUCAGGACCUAAAUUGCAGCUGCAUGAAUGGAAAUACCAUGAUAAAUCGACAAAACAUAAAGAAUUGUUCUUAAAAUUUAUUCAGUAUGGGAAAGACCCUAAUGUCGACGUUAAACAUGUGGACGAUGUACGUGUAAUUUUCUCAGAAGAGUUUUUACUUGGCAAAGGAAGUGAUGGAACCCGUGUUUAUCUUGGACUGGGAAAGGAUGGUUACGGUAAAGCAGUGAAACGAAUUCUUCGUGAUAAUACUUAUUUGGCACAGUAUGAAGAAAAAUUUUUUAAUGAAAUCAAUGCUAAGAAGUCGGAUUAUGUGGUAAAUUGUUAUUGCUCGAGACAAGAUACAGAAACAGAAUAUGUCCAUUUGAUUCUCGAUCUAUGUGAAGAAUCGUUGGAGGAUUUUGUGCUAUCUGAAUCAAAUAAUUUAAAUUAUCUUCAAAAAUCCCUUCCCGACAUUUUCAAGCAAAUAUUGAACGGCUUAGUUGAUCUUCACAGCGAUCCACGUCCCAUUCUUCAUCGAGAUUUGAAACCUUCCAAUGUUCUCCGAGACACACAAGGCAAAUUUUUGAUAUCCGAUUUUGGUAUUAGUCGAAUUAUGAAGAAUGACUCUCAGACAUAUGUAAGCGAUGCUAAUAAGGGAACUCCGCAUUGGAUUGCCCCUGAAUCUUAUAUUGUUGACAAAAAAUUAUUUGAUAAAGCGCGUUACAAAACAAAGUCUGAUGUCAUGAAUGCAGGAAUGGUGGCUUACUUUGUUGCAACAAAAGGAAAACAUCCUUUUGGUACUAAAGUGUGCAUACUUAAAAAUUUGUUGAAAGGAAAACCUGUUGGCUUGAAGAAAAUCAGUAAUGUCGAACUAAAUGAUCUUCUUUCAUGGAUGCUACAACAUAAACCCGAACUCAGGCCAUCUGCAAAGGAGGCGUUAAAACACCCUUAUCUACUAUCUAAUGAAGAAAAGUUUGACUUGCUGUGUAAAGUUGGAAAUCAACCGGAGAUAAAGAUACAGCAUUUAGAUCAUCUUCUCAGCUCAGAUGUCCAUAAACAGUUAAAAGGUCUCAAAAAUUGGAGAAAACGUCUCAUUCAUGCAUUCGAUGAUCAUUUCAACAAGAAACUCUACGACUCUACAUGGUUAGGAUGCUUAAGAUUCAUACAAAACGUUGAUCAGCAUUGGCAUGAUGAGCAUCGUACAAAACUGUUACCAUAUAUUAAAGAAGGCAACUAUAAAGAGUAUUUUGUAGGGGUUUUACAAGAACUUCCUCUUCUGGUGCACAGAAUCAUGAGGUUAAAUGAAGGGAUCUUAAGACCUGACAUGGAAAAACGUGUUCCUAAAUUGCAGCUGCAUGAAUGGAAAUACAAUGAUAAAUCGACAAAACAUAAAGAAUUGCUCUUAAAAUUAAUCGAGUAUGGGAAAGACCCUAAUGUCAAGGUUAAACAUGUGGACGAUGUACGUGUAAUUUUCUCAGAAGAGUUUUUACUUGGCAAAGGAAGUGAUGGAACCCGUGUUUAUCUUGGAUUGGGAAAGGAUGGUUACGGUAAAGCAGUGAAACGAAUUCUUCGUGAUAAUACUUAUUUGGCACAGCAUGAAAAAAAAAUUUUUAAUGAAAUCAAUGCUAAGAAGUCGGAUUAUGUGGUAAAUUGUUAUUGCUCGAAACAAGAUACAGAAACAGAAUAUGUCCAUUUGAUUCUCGAUCUAUGUGAAGAAUCGUUGGAGGAUUUUGUGCUAUCUGAAUCAAAUAAUUUAAAUUAUCUUCAAAAAUCCCUUCCCGGCAUUUUCAAGCAAAUAUUGAACGGCUUAGUUGAUCUUCACAGCGAUCCACGUCCCAUUCUUCAUCGAGAUUUGAAACCUUCCAAUGUUCUCCGAGGCACACAAGGCAAAUUUUUGAUAGCCGAUUUUGGUAUUAGUCGAAUUUUGAAGAAUGGCUCUCAGACACAUGUAAGCAAUGCUAAUACGGGAACUCCGCAUUGGAUUGCCCCUGAAUCUUAUAUUGUUGACAAAAAAUUAUUUGAUAAAGCGCGUUACAAAACAAAGUCUGAUGUCAUGAAUGCAGGAAUGGUGGCUUACUUUGUUGCAACAAAAGGAAAACAUCCUUUUGGUACUAAAGUGUGCAUACUUCAAAAUUUGUUGGAUGGAAAACCUGUUGGCUUGAAGAAAAUCAGUAAUGUCGAACUAAAUGAUCUUCUUUCAUGGAUGCUACAACAUAAACCCGAACUCAGGCCAUCUGCAAAGGAGGCGUUAAAACACCCUUAUCUACUAUCUAAUGAAGAAAAGUUUGACCUGCUGUGUAAAGUUGGAAAUCAACCGGAGAUAAAGAUACAGCAUUUAGAUCAUCUUCUCAGCUCAGAUGUCCAUAAACAGUUAAAAGGUCUCAAAAAUUGGAGAAAACGUCUCAUUCAUGCAUUCGAUGAUCAUUUCAACAAGAAACUCUACGACUCUACAUGGUUAGGAUGCUUAAGAUUCAUACAAAACGUUGAUCAGCAUUGGCAUGAUGAGCAUCGUACAAAACUGUUACCAUAUAUUAAAGAAGGCAACUAUAAAGAGUAUUUUGUAGGGGUUUUACAAGAACUUCCUCUUCUGGUGCACAGAAUCAUGAGGUUAAAUGAAGGGAUCUUAAGACCUGACAUGGAAAAACGUGUUCCUAAAUUGCAGCUGCAUGAAUGGAAAUACAAUGAUAAAUCGACAAAACAUAAAGAACAGUUCUUAAAAUUAAUUGAGUAUGGGAAAGACCCUAAUCUUGAGGUUAAACAUGUGGACGAUGUACGUGUAAUUUUCUCAGAAGAGUUUUUACUUGGCAAAGGAAGUGAUGGAACCCGUGUUUAUCUUGGACUAGGAAAGGAUGGUUACGGUAAAGCAGUGAAACAAAUUCUUCGUGAUACUUAUUUGGCACAGCAUGAAAAAGAAGUUUUUAAUCAAAUCAAUGCUAAGAAGUCGGAUUAUGUGCUAAAUUAUUAUUGCUCGAGACAAGAUACAGGAACAGAAUAUGUCUAUUUGAUUUUCGAUCUAUGUGAAGAAUCGUUGGAGGAUUUUGUGCUAUCCGAAUCAAAUAGUUUAGAUUAUCUUCAAAAAUCCCUUCCCGACAUUUUGAAGCAAAUAUUGAACGGCUUAGCUGAUCUUCACAGCGAUCCACGUCCCAUUCUUCAUCGAGAUUUGAAACCUUCCAAUGUUCUCCGAGACACACAAGGCAAAUUUUUGAUAGCCGAUUUUGGUAUUAGUCGAUUUUUGAAGAAUGGCUCUCAGACAUAUGUAAGCGAUGCUAAUAGGGGAACUCAGCAUUGGAUUGCUCCUGAAUCUUAUAUUGUUGAUAAAAAAAUAUUUGAUAAAGGACGUUACAAAACAAAGUCUGAUGUAAUGAAUGCAGGAAUGGUGGCUUACUUUGUUGCAACAAAAGGAAAACAUCCUUUUGGUACUAAAGUAUGCAUACUUCAAAAUUUGUUGGAUGGAAAACCUGUUGGCUUGAAGGAAAUCAGUAAUGUCGAACUAAAUGAUCUUCUUUCAUGGAUGCUACAACAUAAACCCGAACUCAGGCCAUCUGCAAAGGAGGCUUUAAAGCACCCUUAUCUACUAUCUGAUGAAGAAAAGUUUGACUUGCUCUGUGAAGUUGGGAAUCAACCCGAGAUAAAGAUACCGCAUUUAGAACAUCCUCUCAGCCCAGAUGUCCAUGAACAGUUAAAUGGUCUAAACAAUUGGAAGAUCCGUCUCAUUCAUGAAUUCGAUGAUCAUUUCAACAAGAAACUCUACGACUCUACAUGGUUAGGAUGCUUAAGAUUCAUACAAAACGUUGAUCAGCAUUGGCAUGAUGAGCAUCGUACAAAACUGUUACCAUAUAUCAAGGAAGACAGCUAUAAAGAGUAUUUUGUACGGGUUUUACCAGAGCUUCCUCUUCUGGUGCACAGAAUCAUGAGGUUAAACGAAUGGAUCUCAAGACCUGAUAUGGAAAAACGUGCUCUUGUUCAAGAAUUGUUGCGUCGACCAUGGAAAUGUUUUGAUAAAUCAAUAAUACAUAAGAAAAAGUUUAAAAAGAUGGAGGAAUAUGGACGCAAACAUCCAGAAAAAGUUACACUGCUCAGUGAAUUGCGUGUAAUUUUCAUGAAGGAGUUUUUGCUUGGCAAGGGAAGUGAUGGAACCCGUGUUUACCUUGCCCUGGGAAACAAUGGUUAUGGAAAAGCAGUAAAGCGAAUACCCAAAGAUAGCGGCAAAGAAUUUGCAAAUCGCGAAAAAGAAAUUUUGAAUGAGUUGAAUGCAAAGCGUUCAAAUUAUAUUGUGAAUUUUUGGGAUUUAAAAGAGAACAUUGACGAAGAGUAUUCGUACAUGAUAUUAGAUUUGUGUGAAGAAUCGUUAGAGAGUUAUGUGAAAUCUUCUUCUUUGCAAGAUCUUCAAAAAGUCGUUCCUAAAGUUCUUAUUCAGAUCUUAAAUGGUCUAGUUCACCUUCACAGCCGUGAGCGUCCUAUUCUUCAUCGGGAUUUAAGACCCUCGAACGUUCUUCGAGAUGUACAAGGAAAUUUUUUAAUCGCUGACUUUGGUAUAAGUCAUAUGUUAUCUGAUGAAACUUCGACACAUCGGAGCAUACAAAGAGGAGCUAAAAAUUGGAUAGCUCCAGAGUCAUAUGACGCAUCAGAUGCAUCAAUUAAUAAAGUUCGUUACAAAAAAGAGUCUGACAUUAUGAAUGCCGGAAUGGUGGCUUAUUAUGUUGCAACAAAGGGAAAACAUCCUUUUGGAACUGAACGGUUUUCACUGGACAACAUUUUGAAUGGAAACCCAGUUGGAUUGGUCGAAAUCAAGGAUGCCACGUUCAAAGACCUUUUAUCGUGGAUGCUACAGUUAAAACCCGAAGACAGGCCAUCUGCCGAUAAGGCUUUAAAACACCCUUAUCUACAAUCAGACGAAGAGAAAUUUAACAUGCUGUGUGAUAUGGGGAACCAAUUGGAGGUGAAACAUUCACAAAGUCAAAAUUCUCCCACUUCAGACGUUCAUAAGCAGUUGUAUGGUUUCACAAAAUGGAAGAAGCGUAUUGAUGAUGAAGUCGUCAAAGAUUUGAUCAACUUUGAAGUAAACGACAGUAUAAGAACUCUAAAGUACGAGUCUACAUGGGCAGGAUGCUUAAGAUUUAUACGAAACGUUGACCAACAUUGGCAAAAUAAGCCUCGUCCGCAUCUAUCACAACAUGUGAAGCAAGGCAAUUAUAAAAAGUAUUUCCUGCAACGUUUUCCUGAACUUCUUCUUCUGGUGCACAGAAUCAUCAGGUAUAUCGAAAGGAAAUCCACUCCAGAUCUGGAAGAACAAUUUGGUGGAGAAAUCAAUCGAGGUUGCUCCGUGUUAGAUGAAGACGAGAAGUCAAAAGAACUUUCAAAAAUAACAAGAGAAAGUUUUGGUGGACCCUCAAAAGAAGGAAAGACGACAGAAAAAACACCCAAAAGGCGAUUCUUCUAUCCGUCAAAAGAUUGCGAGGAAAAAGGAGUGUAUUCUACCUUCUAUUUCUCGUCAUUGCGGAGAGAAAAGCUUCAUUCGACAUAUCAAUCCGAUGUUAAUGUCAGUAAUGUCGACAAUGGUAUCAUGACUUCUAAUUCAGAAAAUGUUUUAGAUUCUCGAAGAUUAUCAAUCGAUCAUUUAAACUGUGAGGCUUAUCGCCAGCUAUGUAAUAAACUAAACUAUGAAAUGGGAAACAAAGAUUGGAGGGAACUAGCUGGAAAAAUGAAUUUCACAGCUGGUGAGGUUAGAGACUUCUCAAGAGAACGGAAUCCUGCUGAUGCGUUGCUUCAACACUGGAAGACGACAAGCAUUAACCACGAUGUUCCUGCUUUGAUCAAAUUGUUGAAGGAAAUAAAGAUAAACGAUCUAGUGGAUUUACUGGAAUCAUACCAAGACGAUUAUCAGAAUACUUUUACCAGCAUUACGUCAUUGGUAAAAGAUCAAACAAGUGACAGUAGAGAAAGGAAAUCUUUGCCAUAUCAAUCUGAUGAUAAGGAUAGUAAUGUCGACAUUGAUAUCAUGACUUCUAAUUCAGAAAGUGACGAUGAAAGAAGUUUGGGUAAACUUCCAAAAACAGUACACCAAUCUUCAUCUUCUAAUACAAAGGGAAAGAGAAUACAAAUACCAUUUAUUAGACAGCUUUUCAUUCGAAGAACUAAACCCAAGGGAAAAGGAAAGAGGACGACGAAAACACCACCCAGAUUGCAUGACGAGGAAAAAGAACCACAAAUUCCAAGAAUAGAUUUUUUCAUCAGUUGUCAAGAAAGUGACAGGAGAGACGAGAAGUCAAAAGAACUUUCAAAAAUAACAAGAGAAAGUUUUGGUGGACCCUCAAAAGAAGGAAAGACGACAGAAAAAACACCCAAAAGGCGAUUCUCCUAUCCGUCAAAAGAUUGCGAGGAAAAAGGAGUGUAUUCUUCCUUCUAUUUCUCGUCAUUGCGGAGAGAAAAGCUUCAUUCGACAUAUCAAUCCGAUGUUAAUGUCAGUAAUGUCGACAAUGGUAUCAUGACUUCUAAUUCAGAAAAUGUUUUAGAUUCUCGAAGAUUAUCAAUCGAUCAUUUAAACUGGGAGACUUAUCGCCAACUAUGUAUUAGACUUAGCGACAAAAUGGAAGACAAAGAUUGGAGGACACUAGCUGGAAAAAUGAAUUUCACAACUGGUGAGGUUAGAGACUUCUCAAGAGAACGGAAUCCUGCUGAUGCGUUGCUUCAACACUGGAAGACGACAAGCAUUAACCACGAUGUUCCUGCUUUGAUCAAAUUGUUGAAGGAAAUAAAGAUAAACGAUCUAGUGGAUUUACUGGAAUCAUACCAAGACGAUUAUCAGAAUACUUUUACCAGCAUUACGUCAUUGGUAAAAGAUCAAACAAGUGACAGUAGAGAAAGGAAAUCUUUGCCAUAUCAAUCUGAUGAUAAGGAUAGUAAUGUCGACAUUGAUAUCAUGACUUCUAAUUCAGAAAGUGACGAUGAAAGAAGUUUGGGUAAACUUCCAAAAACAGUACACCAAUCUUCAUCUUCUAAUACAAAGGGAAAGAGAAUACAAAUACCAUUUAUUAGACAGCUUUUCAUUCGAAGAACUAAACCCAAGGGAAAAGGAAAGAGGACGACGAAAACACCACCCAGAUUGCAUGACGAGGAAAAAGAACCACAAAUUCCAAGAAUAGAUUUUUUCAUCAGUUGUCAAGAAAGUGACAGGAGAGACGAGAAGUCAAAAGAACUUUCAAAAAUAACAAGAGAAAGUUUUGGUGGACCCUCAAAAGAAGGAAAGAUGACAGAAAAAACAUCCAAAAGGCGAUUCUCCUAUCCGUCAAAAGAUUGCGAGGAAAAAGGAGUGUAUUCUUCCUUCUAUUUCUCGUCAUUGCGGAGAGAAAAGCUUCAUUCGACAUAUCAAUCCGAUGUUAAUGUCAGUAAUGUCGACAAUGGUAUCAUGACUUCUAAUUCAGAAAAUGUUUUAGAUUCUCGAAGAUUAUCAAUCGAUCAUUUAAACUGGGAGACUUAUCGCCAACUAUGUAUUAGACUUAGCGACAAAAUGGAAGACAAAGAUUGGAGGACACUAGCUGGAAAAAUGAAUUUCACAACUGGUGAGGUUAGAGACUUCUCAAGAGAACGGAAUCCUGCUGAUGCGUUGCUUCAACACUGGAAGACGACAAGCAUUAACCACGAUGUUCCUGCUUUGAUCAAAUUGUUGAAGGAAAUAAAGAUAAACGAUCUAGUGGAUUUACUGGAAUCAUACCAAGACGAUUAUCAGAAUACUUUUACCAGCAUUACGUCAUUGGUAAAAGAUCAAACAAGUGACAGUAGAGAAAGGAAAUCUUUGCCAUAUCAAUCUGAUGAUAAGGAUAGUAAUGUCGACAUUGAUAUCAUGACUUCUAAUUCAGAAAGUGACGAUGAAAGAAGUUUGGGUAAACUUCCAAAAACAGUACACCAAUCUUCAUCUUCUAAUACAAAGGGAAAGAGAAUACAAAUACCAUUUAUUAGACAGCUUUUCAUUCGAAGAACUAAACCCAAGGGAAAAGGAAAGAGGACGACGAAAAUACCACUUAGAUUGCAUGACGAGGAAAAAGAACCACAAAUUCCAAGAAUAGAUUUUUUCAUCAGUUGUCAAGAAAGUGACAGGAGAGACGAGAAGUCAAAAGAACUUUCAAAAAUAACAAGAGAAAGUUUUGGUGGACCCUCAAAAGAAGGAAAGAUGACAGAAAAAACAUCCAAAAGGCGAUUCUCCUAUCCGUCAAAAGAUUGCGAGGAAAAAGGAGUGUAUUCUUCCUUCUAUUUCUCGUCAUUGAGAGAAAAGCUUCAUUCGACAUAUCAAUCCGAUGUUAAUGUCAGUAAUGUCGACAAUGGUAUCGUGACUUCUAAUUCAGAAAAUGAUGAUUUUCCUCGACUUGAUGCUGUUCCAAAAACAGAGAAAAUUGGACUUUUGGAUCAAAAGGAUAAAGAGUGCUUGCAAAGAAAGCUAAAAUUCCUUGAUAUGAACACAGCUACCUGCAGUCUGAUUUGUAAAAAAAUGAUGGAUAAUAAUGAUAUUCCAAUGGGUAAAACAGAUUGUGCUCAACCGAUGCUUUAUGCCAUUGACAAAAAUUUGAAGAUUGAUGUUUUUAUUGUUUACACAAACUCUGAAACACAUCAUGGCGAUGUUCAUCCAAGGGAGGCUCUCCAACAAUACCGUCUGCAUUCAGGGAUUCACGAUGCUAAACUCAUUCUGGUUGCUAUGACAUCAAAUGGUUUCACUAUUGCUGACCCAAAUGAUCCUAGAAUGCUUGAUAUAGUUGGCUUUGACUCUGCUGCACUGCAAGCUACUUCUCCAGAAGACAUUCCUCCUGUAAUUGCAACAGGAUUCAGUUAUCUCAUCAGUAUAUUUCGCCAUGAUCUCUUCUUUGUUUCUGUUGUUGAAAAUGAAGUUCCACCUUUGUUUGUGAUUGAAUUUCUUCAUCGAGUGGUUGACUUAAUCAAGGAAUAUUUCUCUUACUGUACUGAAACAAUCAUUAAAGAAAAUUGUGUCAUUGUAUAUGAGUUAUUGGAAGAGACGUUGGAUAGUGGAUUCCCUCUUGCUACAGAGUCAAUUGUCCUUAAAGAGUUGAUAAGACCUCCUAGUAUAGUUAGAAAUGUUGUUAAUAAAGUGACUGGAGACAGCAAUAUGAGCAGUCAUCUCCCAACUGGUCAAUUGUCCAAUGUUCCAUGGAGGAGAACUGGUGUAAAAUAUGCAAAUAAUGAGAUUUAUUUUGAUGUAGCUGAAAGCAUUGAUGCCAUCAUUGAUAAACAGGGCUCCACCAUAUUUUCAGAAAUACAAGGAACUAUUGACUGCAACUGUAAAUUAUCUGGCAUGCCUGAUCUCAACAUGUGUUUUACAAAUCCUCGUAUCCUUGAAGAUGUCAGUUUUCAUCCUUGUCUUCGCUUCAGAAGAUGGGAGUCUGAACGAAUUUUGUCAUUCGUCCCCCCGGAUGGUCGUUUUCGUUUAAUAUCAUAUAACGUGGCAACCGGAGUAAGUAUGCUACCAUUGUUUGCAAAGCCUCGUGUCUUGUUUCAAGAGGGUGGAAGUGGACGAUUUGAAUUGUCGAUAAGUUCAAAACCAGUUAUGGGUAAAAAUAUCGAGAAUGUUGUCGUGACUGUUCCAUUUCCUAAACAAGUUCUCAACCUUAACUUGACUACAAACGUUGGUACCUAUUCAUUUGAUCCAAUCAAAAAAGAGCUUUCAUGGGAGAUCGGUAAAAUACAAUCUCAGACACCGUCACCUAACAUCAAAGGAAAUAUAUCUUUAAAAAGCGAUGUUCCACCUUUGUAAGAAACACCAACUGAAUUCUUAAAUUUCAAAAUAUAUUCAUUUGCGGCUUUGGGAUUGAAAGUCGAGAACUACAAGCUAUGAAAGGAGUCAAGACACAACAGCUGGACGUGUUACAUGGCUGCUUUAAGC